AUGAUGAUGAAGUUAACAAGUAAAAAUGAAAAAGGAGAAUAUGAGGAAAAACUUGCUAAUCCGCAAAUUGAAGUGAUACCAUGCAAAAUCUGUGGUGAUAAGUCCUCCGGAAUACACUAUGGAGUCAUCACAUGUGAGGGCUGCAAGGGAUUCUUUCGGAGGAGUCAGCAGAACAAUGCCUCCUACUCCUGCCCAAGGCAGAGAAACUGUUUAAUUGACAGAACCAACAGAAAUCGUUGCCAACACUGCCGACUGCAGAAAUGUCUUGCCCUGGGAAUGUCUCGAGAUGCUGUGAAGUUUGGAAGAAUGUCCAAAAAGCAGAGGGAUAGCUUGUAUGCUGAAGUGCAGAAGCCCCAGCAGCGGCUGCAGGAACAACGGCAGCAGCAGAGCGGUGAGGCAGAAGCCCUCGCCAGGGUUUACAGCAAUAGCAUCAGCAACAGCUUGAGCAACCUGAAUAACGAAACUGGCAGCACCUACUCUAAUGGGCACGUCAUCGACCUGCCAAAGUCUGAGGGUUAUUAUAAUGUGGAUUCUGCCCAGCCUUCCCCAGACCAGUCUGGGUUAGAUAUGACUGGAAUCAAGCAGAUAAAGCAGGAACCUAUCUAUGACCUCACCUCCGUACCAAACUUGUUUACCUAUAGCUCUUUCAACAAUGGGCAAUUAGCUCCGGGGAUAUCCAUGACUGAAAUAGAUCGAAUUGCACAGAAUAUCAUUAAAUCUCACUUGGAGACAUGUCAAUAUACAAUGGAGGAACUACACCAGCUAGCGUGGCAGACCCACACAUAUGAGGAAAUAAAGGUUUACCAGAGCAAGACCAGAGAAGCUCUGUGGCAGCAGUGUGCCAUUCAGAUCACCCACGCUAUACAGUAUGUGGUGGAGUUUGCAAAGCGCAUAACAGGCUUCAUGGAGCUCUGCCAGAAUGACCAAAUUCUUCUCCUUAAGUCAGGCUGCUUGGAAGUGGUUUUGGUGAGAAUGUGUCGUGCCUUCAACCCACUCAACAAUACUGUUCUGUUUGAAGGAAAGUAUGGAGGGAUGCAAAUGUUUAAAGCCUUGGGUAUGUAGGUCUUCUUUGUUUUGAUCAAUUACAUUGAACU